AUGAUUCAGGUCGACCCAGUUGGAUAUCCGUCAAACGUGAAAGAUGAAUCCAGCGCAGAUGAAGAUAUGAAGGAGAAUGGUUGUACAGAUAGCGAGCACACAAUCGCGAAACCGUCGGCGCAAUUGUUAGCGAAGAUGUCGGAGGAAUUUGCCGAAAAGGCGGCAGCGGCGGCCCGGCUCAGCGAUCAUCAUCUUCAUCAUCCGCAUUAUCAGGCGGCCGGGGCGACGACGGGCCGCCAUCAGCAGGCGCAUGAUCGGUCCGAUGGCAUCACGCCGAGCGAGGAUAAUUUAAGUGAGGAUGAGAACAACGAGGACGAGGAGCUGGCGGACGGGCGCAGUUCGGUUGCGGCGACGGCUGCAGACCGGGCGGCUGUGAACGAUCGGGCGAGCGAGCACGACGGUGAUGAGGGUGGCGGUGGCGAGGACAAGAAAGGCCACGGGGAGUGUGGUACCGGUCGGAGCAGUCCCCGGUCGCCCGUGUCACUGGUUGGGCGUGUGAGCGUUAAUGAAGGGCUCGGUUCGAUGCUGGCCGGGGCGGACCAUCGGGACGAACCUUCGAACCUGGCGGCGGCCGCAGCAGCAGCCGCCUUGGGUGGUCCGGCCGCGGCAGCCGCCCUAGCGGCAGCGGCCGCCGCAGCCGCAGCCGCAUCGGCAGCCAAAAACACCAACCCGGCCGCCGUCGGCGGAGGCACUCUGCCCGCGGGCGACUUCAACCCGGCGGCAGCGUUCGGAUUCCCAGCAGCGCCACCCGCACCCGGCAUGUCCAUACAGGCGUUCCAGAAUGCGAUAGCGCAGUUCACGGCGAACGCGCUCGCCAACAACAUGGACAACGAUACGGUGGUGAAAAACCUGGCCAUCCUGCAAUCCGCCCUGUUCACGCUGCAGCAGCAACAGUUUCUACAGUUCCAGCUGAUACAACACCUCCAAUCGCAGCUGGUGAAGAAGCACACGGAAAAGGAGGACUCGCCACUGCUCGGCGGUGGUGCGGGAUUGGCCGGGCUCGGCAGCAGUGCGGGGACCGGGGUAGAUAGCGCAACGAUCGGUUUCCUCAACAACAACAACAACAAUCACAACCAGCACAAUCACAACAAGGGUAGCAUGCAGCAUCACACCAGCAGCAACAAUGGCAGCAGUCGACAUCAUCCCCAUCAUCAUCACCACCAGCAGCAGCAGCAGCAACAGGCAGCCCAGCAUCUGCAGCAGAAUGUCAAAAAUGAGCCGCAGGAUUUGCGGAAAUCGUCGCACGGUUCGGUCGAGGCGGACGAGGAGGAGGAGGUGGAGGAGGAAGGGAUUGAGGACGCGUUCAGCAAGAGCUACCAGAUGGCGAACAUGAUGGCGGCGGCGGCGGCAGCGGCCAAAUCGCACGUACCACCGCACGUCAGCGAACUGCUGCGGCCCUCGAUCCAUCCCGUACCGGAAGAGGAACUAAGGAAACCGAAAGCGUCGGACACGGGCAGCAGUUUGUAUGGGCUGGGUGGCUCCGACAAGCGGACAGCAGGCGAACAGUCGUCCGUUGGGCAGUCGAGUGCAUCCUCGCUGGGCACUUCAGGUUCCUCGGCUCCCACCACCCAAUCGCUCGUGUCAUCGAGCGCCUCCAACGCAACAACCGGUCGUUCGGAGAAGGAUGAAAUCCUGCCGUACCAUCAAGAGCACGGCGGAUCGACGGGGAGUUUUUCGUCGCUGGCGGCCAACAUCAUCACCGACCAUGCACCGUCGAUGCUUGGCGAACCGAACUCGCUAGCGAUGCUGGAGAAGAAAGCCCAGGAGGUGUUGAACUCUGCCUCGCAAGGUAUCCUCUCCAACAAUCUGCUCGACGAGCUGGCAUUCGCGAACGAUAAAUCGUCCCCGAACGGGCGCAAUGAUGCGGCACUGUUCAAACACCGGUGCCGGUACUGUGGCAAAAUCUUCGGCUCCGACUCCUCGCUACAGAUCCACAUCCGGUCGCAUACGGGCGAGCGACCGUACAAGUGCAAUGUGUGCGGCAGCCGGUUCACCACGAAGGGUAACCUGAAGGUGCACUUCCAGCGCCACUCGGACAAGUACCCGCACAUCCCGAUGAACCCGAACCCGGUGCCGGAACAUCUGGACAAGUACUUCCCACCGCUAAUCCCGCAGGAAGCGCUGAAGGAGCAGCAGCAGCAGCAGCAACAGCAGCAGCAACAGCAACAGACGGGCCAGUCACCUUCGCAGCCUUCGUCCAUGCCUACCGGAGGUCCCGGAGGUCCCGGGGGUCCCAACGGGCCCGCCGGGUUCCCCGGUGUCGGGGAGGGUCGUGCUCCCCCCGGAUUCCCACCGCGCAGUUUCUUCCCCGACUUUUACAUCCCGCGCCCGCCCCACCCACAGCUGCAGGAUCUGUUUGGGGCGGCAGCUGCGGCAGCGGCGGCGAAUGAUGCCGCAGCACGCAAUCCGGUGGAUCUGUCACAGAUGAAGAAACCGGUCGAUCCGGUACCGACGCCGACGCGAGAUGCGACACCGGAAAUGCGCAACAUGCACUCGCCGGAGCUGUCGAACGAUGCGCCAACGCCCGGCGGGGCCAAGAUUAAGCAGGAACCGAUGGACGAAUCGCUGGAUCUGUCGGACAAGUCGACGAAGGUGACGGGAGGUUCGGGCCGGUCAACCAGCACACCGAUCCAGCACCACCGGGAUAUGGACGAGAGUAAGGAUGGCUCCAAGGAGGACGCCCAGAUGAUGGACCACUCGGAUCACCUGAAGGACGACAAUGGACCGCUCGGGGUCGGAGCGCUCAGCGUUCUGAACAGCUCGACCAGCGAGAAGGAAUUCCCGCUAAAGUUGAAGAAUAAUUCGAUCGAAAAUCUGGCCACGGUACCGUCUGUGUCGCCACCGUCGAGCUCGUCGUCGGGAUCGCUCUACCAGGACACGGUGCUGGAUCCAUCGUUCUAUGCGGCGCAUCUGCCCCGUCCCGAUAGCAACGACAGCUCGUGGGAGAACUUCAUCGAGAUCUCGUCCGAAACGUCCAAACUGCAGGAACUGGUGGACAACAUCGAGAACAAGACGUCCGAACCGAACCAGUGUCUCGUGUGCAAGAAGGUGCUGUCGUGCCGAAGCGCGCUCCAGAUGCACUAUCGGGUGCACACGGGCGAGCGACCGUUCCGGUGUAAGAUCUGCGGCCGGUCCUUCACCACCAAGGGCAACCUGAAGACGCACAUGAGCGUCCACCGGAUAAAGCCACCGAUGCGUACGCUGCACCAGUGUCCGGUGUGUCACCAGAAGUUCUCCAACAUCUUCGUGCUGCAGCAGCACAUACGGUUGCACACGGGCGAGAUGACGGAUCUGACGCCGGAUCAGAUAAAGGCGGCCGAGAUUAAGGAUUACGAGGGUGGUGUGCCACCGCCCCCCCACCCGGAUGCGCUGCGACUGAACCCGUUCGGGAUGAGGCUGGCCAGCGAGUUCCACCAGCAGCAGCAACAUCUCGCCCAGCAACAGCAGCAUCAGCAGCAACAGCUGCAUCAUCAGCAGCAGCAGCAGCAGCAACAGAACAAGCGAUCGCUAGAGCACUCGGAUGAGGAGAACGAUCACGAGAAUGGGCCGCGACCCGGCUCGGUCGAUCGGGGUGUGACCCCGAUCGGCAAGAUGCCCAAGGUACCGAUCCACGAAAAGUUGAAGGUCAAGACGGGCCUAACGUCGCCGGCGAUUGAGAGUCAGGUGGAGGACCUGCGUACGAUGAACCUGCAGCGGCUCUCGAUGCGUUCGCUUCCGCCCGCGGACGAUUCGUUCUCGCGGGACUCUUCCUCCGCCAGCCCGACCACCGCCAUGUCCACCGGUUCCGAGGCCAAGCGGCUCCGGUCGUCCAGCCCGUCGAACACGUCCUCCUCGACGGUACAUUCGCGCCGCUCGCCGAUCUCAACCCCACCGACGGUGGGCGGUGCGGAACAGGCGAGUGCGGCGGGCCGGGCCGCGGCCGCUGCUGCCGCUGCGGUCGCCUUCCCGUACGGUCCCCCGUUUCUCGGUAUGCCCCAGUUCCCGCCAUUCAUCAAUCGGCCGCCAUUCCUUGGCAAUGUUCCGAUCGUGCCACCCGGUUCCAGCAUGCCACCGUUCGGACUGUUCGGCGUUCGUGGAAACACAACAACUUGUAAUAUUUGCUUUAAAACUUUCGCCUGUAAUUCCGCACUCGAAAUUCAUUACCGAAGCCAUACGAAGGAGCGCCCAUUCAAAUGUUCAAUCUGCGAUCGAGGAUUCUCUACCAAGGGAAAUAUGAAGCAGCACAUGCUCACACACAAAAUCCGUGAUAUGUUCGGCAGCUCGGGUGGCAAUUCCGGGGAUGAGUCACGCACGCAAACACCACCCCAGGAUAACCAUUCGCAGUCGUCCAAUGGUUCGGAAUCGCACCACCAGUCGUCACACCAGCAGCAACAGCAAGAUGGCGGUGCGCAGGACUUUUCAUCGUCCGGCGGCGGAAGACACCGUUACGGCGGGGGCAGCCGUGAACGGUCCAGAUCCGCCGGCAGCUACGACGACGGACCGUCGUCGAAACCGUUGAUGGAAAUGGGUGACGGUGGUCCACCGCCGGAAUCGGCCGUGGUGUCGGACGAGAAUGGCUCGAGCAGCAUGGCGUCGAUUGCAUCGGAUCGGGGCAGUUCACCGACACCGUUGAUGGCGGGCAGUGCGGCCGCGGUAGCAGCCGCUGCUGCCGCUGCAGCCGCCGCCGCCGCCGCUGCCUCCAACAACAACUACAACGAGUACGGCAUGGGGAAGGAGGUGGUCGACCUGAAGAACUGGUGCCGGAAGCUGAAGGAAAUGCCGGAAAACAUUGCCGCGAGUUGA